AUGGCUUUGACUCUACGCGAAGACAUUGAUAACAUAUCCUUCGCGCAUACGCCUGGCACACACGACGUGGGGCAGGCAACAUAUAACGAAAAAUAUGCCACAAACACCGAGGGGCGUCGCGGCGUCCGCCACGCGGAUAGUAUCCAGGACAUCGAUGCCUCCAACGCGCUCAUCGUGCCAUCGAUGUGUUACGCCACAACCACCCUUGGAUCUUACUCCUACCGCAACCUCCAUGUGGAAGCCCGCCUCGGAACAGAUGAGGGCGCAAGAACACAACAGUCCAAUCACGGAAUUCAGCCCUCGCGUGCCGCAAAAGGGCGAGAGUGCAAGGGCGCGGGAGGAGUCGAUCAGGCGACCCCACGCGCUGUCAAGAGAAAGGGCGACCCGAUCGGCGGUGACGAGAAGCGCAGCAGAUCCAGCCAGGGAGAACUCCCUGCGCAGACAUCAUCCUCGACGCAACCAAGGAGGGACGUCGUGUCACCUCGUAGUCGCCCGCCGACCCGAAGUUCGACUGCGAGUUCUCUCCCCGCCACCACGAAGGCACCCCGUGACCAGAAGCCACAAGAGAAGAAGUAUCGUUGCACCAAUUGCAACAAGCCGAAGGCAGUUGCGAGUGAAUCCAUUGAGAUACUACAGACAAGCUGA